GACGAGUGGAUUUCUAAUCCGACGGUGUGGUGCCAAACCCGAGCGAGAUGACGAUAUCAACUAUCCUCCGUCAUCCGUCGAGGGUUAUAUGUAUAUCCGGCUGCCAUGCACAACCCUCUUGUAUAUGCCCUCCGCAACAAGGAAUGUCUGGUCAAUUUAGCGAUAUUAAGAGUCUAUAAUGACUCAGUAUCUAUUAUAGUCUCGAGAUCUCCAUACAGACAGAUUCCCAUGUAUGUUACCUACACCCGUACGACCGUUGCUGGAGGGCUUUCGGGUACAGUGUCGGGAUAUUGGCAAUGCUGGCUUUUGCAUUGGAAUCGUGAUUAUUCGGUGGCAUUUAUGCUCAUCCUAGUUUUAAGGGAUAUCUAGUAUGUAUCCAACCCAGCGGGGCCAGGCAAGUUUAGCAUGAUUCAGUC